GCGACUGUAAUGUAUUCUGGGUCGAUGCUUUACUUGCUGCAGCGACCCUUCAAGCAAUUCUGGCAUCUUCCAGCAUGUUAAUGCUGUGCAAUCAUUUGAAUGUGAUAUUAUGCUUUCCUUCUUCUCAGAAGGCGCAUUAUUUACUUCCUCUCGCCGCCCUCAGCUAUCUUGAUUGAGCCUGCUGGCAACUGAUUAGAAAGGCUCUGGGUCGUACGGUCGGAUACCAUGGCGGCUCAGGACAUAGAAGCUUUUGUUGUAGUUGUUGAGAAUCAGGAGUGGUCUAAUGGGCCUCUCCAGGUCGUAUCCCUCGAGAACAGUUCCGAGUUUCACUAUCGUCUGGAUGGAGACAUCCGUACACUCUCAUCGGACACAGUCCAGACAGGCGACACUAUAACAGGCUUCCUUUAUGUACCAGAUAUCGACAAAGCCGAUGUUUGUAGUAACAUCGCUCAGCAAUUCAUUCCAGCGAAUGCCACUCGACGUGCUGAUCUCCCUGGACCGGACUUCAACCUGAUCGGCCUAGUUCCGUGGAUUUCAGCCAAUUGCACUCGUUCAUAUCUCGAAAGUGCGCACGGCGAUCUGAUCAAGGCACUCCUCAUCUACCCCACCACUCACCAGUCUGCUGAACCGCCCGAUCUCAAUGAUCCAGCAUGGGGUCUUCAAGACAACGCUAUGAUAAGAUCUCAAAACAACUUUCCCAUUUACGCCAUACCAGGGCAGGCUGGCGAUCAAAUAAUGCUACACCUCAGCCGGUUUUCUGGUAAUAUGACGGACGUGGAGUCCGCGGACAACCUUACCUCCUUCUAUGACCCAAGGGAUUAUGUUAGACUUUACGCAAGUAUUAAUACAGGGACCCAAAAAUCCGCACCAAGCUUUUGGAUUUUUCUUGUUAUCAUCUUCGGCAUCUUACUGGCCUCCGUGGUUCUGAUUUAUUUUACGUUGCGAUGGGUGCAGCGAAAAAGGCGAUUAGAGCUGCGCAGCCGAGUAGCAAACGGCGAAGUCGAUCUUGAAGCUCUAGGGAUCAAACGCCUGCAAGUUCCGGCCGAAGUUGUUGAAAAGAUGCCGAUUUUCAUCUACACGGCCCAAGACGAGCAGGCUGAGACGUCAAACCGAGAACGAGAACGUUCGCAGCCACCGACAGAGGCGCUUUCAGGGAAUGACGCGGGCAACCAUUCGAGUUCGUUUUUGGACCACAGUCCCGACCCUGGUGCGACAUAUGAAUCAGCCUCGUCUUUGGAGGCGUCACAAUCAGAUGCAAAAGUCGACGAUGCCGUAACUUCAAUGAGUACCUCGUCUGAUGAUUCUUCGGCCGGGAGAGGUUGGAAAAACGAGUUUUGCAUCAUACAAGAUCCACGACAAGCCGCUCGUUUAGGAAAAUUGUACUCUCAAAGUACCUGCGCAAUUUGCCUCGAAGACUUCGACCAUAAUAGAUCCACCGUUCGUCAACUCCCAUGCGGCCAUAUCUUCCAUCCAGACUGCGUGGAUACCUUCUUAUCCGAGAGUUCCAGUUUGUGCCCAAUUUGCAAAAAGAGUGUUUUGCCCAAAGGAUGUUGCCCUACCGAGGUGACUGACUCUAUGGUCAGAAGAGAGCGGCAGGUUCGAAGAUUAAGGGAACGAAUUGACCCUCAGUUCGAGGGCAGCUCCCCAUCAGAGAUACCUCGAAGAGCUGCAACCGCAGGCGGAGGGCUACAUUUCCUCGGAUGGAAGCUAAGAGGUAUCAUGGGCGGAUCGGGAAGAUUUCUAGAGGGCUCAUGACACAUCAGAAACGCAUCACUGCGACGCACAACCCGGCUCCUCGCUUUGAGAGGCUCGCAGAAAUGCCGAGAUUGCCAAACAACGAGUUUAAUGGAUAUACGGACGCCGAAAUUCCACUGCCGAUGGUGGUGGAAUUAUGUCCAAUGAAGACGCUGUCGGCAUUGGAGUAAUGCACAGUCUCUGUCACACGUACUGCGAUUAUCAUAUGACGGCGCAACGAAUUUCUUGAGGAUGAGAACGUGUUUUGUCUUUGCAUACUGGAGAACUGGCGUUUUAUAAGUUGCAUGGAUAUUGGCGCAUGAUGUGGAUGGCGGGAUCAUAAAUCAGGCUGAUUUUGUUUUUCAUUUUGAUAUUGAAUGAUAUCAUAAAGCCAAGUAUGCACGCAUGGCGUUAAAUAAGGGUGCAUCUUAGCGCGCUCUUACAGCUAAAAAAAGGAUGGCAUAAUGAUAUCGACAUUAAUGUUGAAAGUUGUAGAAUUAUGCAAAUUUAUC